AACCAACUGCAUCUGUGAACUCUUUGUCAUUCUUUCGCUCAUUAUUUCUAUUAGCUUUUUUUCUCCGCUAAACUUCUCACGAUGGCUGAUGCGGAAUUCGAGGAGAUCAAACGCAUGCAACAGGAGCGCAAUGCGAUGAAGUCAAAGUCGAAAGCCUUUGACCCUUCAACGCAGCGCAAGGACAACUCUACGAAGGUGGCCUUGACUGAUACCUUCGACACCACAUUGUACGAUCGCGCGAAUGGGGACAAGUUCGCUGGUUACAACACGUCGAUUCCCGCUAACGAUGACGACGACGAUGUGGAUAUGGAUGGGGGCGAUGGAACACGGAGACUGGUGGGCCAGUAUACUGCUUCCAAGGAGAUUAUAAGCGAGUUUGCGAAUGCUGGUGAUGAUGAUAUGGAUCUGAUGUCUGCAAAGGCAAAAGGGGGUCAAAUCGCCGAUAGAGAGACGGAUUACCAGAAGCGUAGGUUCCAAAGACAGUUGACGCCAACGCGGAAGGACGCGUUUGCAAGCGAUGGGGUGGAGGGUGAGGGCCGGAGCUACCGGGAGGUUAUGUUGGAAAAGGAACUUGAGAGGGAAGAGGAGCGUGUUAGGAGGCAGAUUGAGGAAAAGCUCAAAAACGGGGAUGGGAAGAUGGAUGGCGUUGAACAUGAGGCCACUCUUAAAGACAAAGAGGCUGAUGUAGAGAACAGAGAUGGAGCGACCGAUGGGACGAGAAAGCGGAGGAGGAGAUGGGAUGUUGGUGUCGAUGAUAACGCGGUACCAGUAAAAGAGGAGGACGCUUCAAAAAAGCGAUCGAGCAGAUGGGACGUCGCUGCUCCACCAGACGCGACACCAGUGGUAAAGCGUUCUCGAUGGGAUCAGGCGCCCUCACUCACUGCUGCUACACCAGUCGGGAACCAGGGACUGGUGACACCAAUCCAUCCUACUGUUAAUGCGACACCGGUAGCUUCGCUGCCGAUUACUUUUGGCCAUGGCGAUAGAAAUGCCCCUCUAUCUGACGAAGAAUUGGAUGAAAUGCUGCCAAAGGAAGGAUACAAGAUUCUUGAACCCCCACCAGGAUAUGCACCUAUCCGUACCCCUGCUAGGAAACUUGUCUCUACUCCCGCCCCCAUGGCAUCAUCCUCCGGAAUCGGUGGGUUUAUGAUGCAGGAACCUGAGAAUGCCAGGAUCCUGGGAAAACAGAUGCCCACAGAUAUUCCCGGAGUCGGUGAUCUCCAGUUCUUCAAAGCCGAGGAUAUGGUCUAUUUUGGAAAGCUCGUAGACGGCGGAGAUGAGAACUCCAUGACUGUCGAGGAAUUGAAGGAACGAAAAAUCAUGCGUUUACUCCUGAAAGUCAAGAACGGAACACCACCAAUGAGAAAGACGGCUCUUCGUCAACUUACUGAUAAUGCUCGUCAAUUUGGUGCAGGGCCGCUAUUCAACCAGAUUUUGCCCUUGCUCAUGGAGAAGACCCUUGAGGACCAGGAGCGACACUUGUUGGUCAAGGUCAUUGAUCGUAUUCUCUACAAGCUGGAUGACCUUGUCAGGCCGUAUGUGCAUAAAAUCUUGGUCGUCAUUGAGCCACUUCUGAUUGAUCAGGAUUACUAUGCGAGAGUCGAGGGACGGGAGAUCAUUAGCAAUCUCUCGAAAGCCGCCGGCUUGGCUCAUAUGAUUUCGACAAUGCGGCCGGAUAUCGAUCAUGUCGACGAAUACGUCCGUAACACCACAGCUAGAGCGUUCGCCGUAGUAGCCUCCGCCCUUGGUAUACCCGCGUUGUUACCCUUCUUGAGGGCUGUUUGUCGUAGUAAGAAGAGUUGGCAAGCAAGACACACUGGUGUCAAGAUUGUUCAGCAGAUUCCCAUUUUGAUGGGUUGUGCCAUUUUACCCCAUCUCAAAGGAUUAGUGGAUUGUAUCGGGCCUAACUUGGAGGACGAACAGGCUAAGGUUAGGACAGUCACUAGUUUGGCUAUUGCUGCUUUGGCCGAGGCCGCAAGCCCUUACGGUAUUGAGAGUUUUGAUACAAUUCUCAAUCCCCUAUGGACCGGUGCAAAGAAGCAGCGAGGAAAGGGAUUGGCUGGAUUCUUGAAGGCAGUCGGUUAUAUUAUCCCACUCAUGGACGAGGAAUAUGCCAACUACUACACCUCAGAAGUAAUGGAAAUCCUGCUAAGAGAAUUCCAGAGUCCGGAUGAGGAAAUGAAAAAAGUCGUCCUGAAGGUUAUCAGCCAAUGUGCAGGGACAGAGGGUGUAACCGCGGCAUACUUGAAGGAAAAUGUGCUACCCGAGUUCUUCAAAGCUUUCUGGGUUAGGCGCAUGGCUUUGGACAAACGAAACUAUCGACAAGUGGUUGAAACCACGGUUGACCUUGGCCAAAAGGUUGGAUGUGGAGAGAUCAUUGAGAGGAUAGUUGAUCAUCUUAAGGAUGAGAGUGAGCCAUACCGUAAGAUGACUCUGGAGAGUGUCGAGAAGGUUAUUGCUUCUCUCGGCGCUGCUGACAUUGGUGAACGUUUGGAGGAGCGACUCGUGGAUGGUGUCCUAUUCGCUUUCCAGGAGCAAACUAUGGAGGAUGUGGUUAUGUUGAACGGGUUUGGUACUGUGGUUAAUGCGUUGGGCACCAGGUGUAAACCGUACUUGCCACAAAUCGUGAGUACCAUUCUCUGGAGAUUGAAUAAUAAGAGCUCUGCCGUCCGCCAGCAAAGUGCGGACUUGAUCUCACGGAUUGCGGUUGUCAUGAAACAAUGCGGCGAGGAUGCUUUGAUGGGAAAGUUAGGUGUUGUUUUAUAUGAGUACCUAGGAGAAGAGUAUCCCGAAGUCCUGGGUUCGAUUCUUGGAGCUCUGAGGUCUAUUGUCACAGUUGUAGGCAUCAACAGCAUGCAGCCUCCAAUCAAGGACCUGCUUCCUCGCCUGACUCCAAUUUUGCGAAAUCGGCACGAAAAGGUGCAAGAGAACACCAUUGAUUUGGUAGGCAGAAUCGCGGAUCGAGGUGCCGAGUUUGUGAGUGCGAGGGAAUGGAUGCGAAUCUGUUUUGAGUUGCUAGAUAUGUUAAAAGCACACAAAAAGGGUAUUCGGAGAGCAGCAAACAACACUUUCGGUUUUAUUGCCAAAGCCAUCGGUCCCCAGGAUGUUCUUGCAACAUUGCUCAACAACCUCCGUGUUCAGGAACGCCAGUCCCGUGUUUGUACUGCCGUUGCCAUCGGUAUUGUCGCUGAGACCUGCGCUCCCUUUACCGUCCUUCCAGCCUUGAUGAACGAGUACAGAGUGCCAGAGCUUAAUGUCCAGAACGGUGUCCUCAAAUCCCUCUCCUUCUUAUUUGAGUACAUUGGCGAGAUGGCAAAGGAUUACGUUUAUGCUGUCACUCCCCUUCUCGAGGAUGCACUAAUCGACCGUGACCAAGUGCAUCGUCAGACUGCGGCCUCUGUUGUGAAGCAUGUUGCACUAGGAGUGGUUGGACUGGGCUGUGAGGAUGCUAUGAUGCAUCUAUUGAACCUACUAUACCCGAAUAUGUUUGAGACAUCCCCGCACGUCAUUGACCGGAUCAUUGAAGCAAUUGAUGCUAUCCGGAUGGCUAUCGGCCCCGGUCUAGUCAUGAACUAUGUAUGGGCAGGCCUUUUCCACCCCGCAAGGAAGGUCCGGACACCGUACUGGAGACUGUACAAUAAUGCAUAUGUGCAGAGCGCGGAUUGUCUUGUGCCUUUUUACCCUAAUCUUGAUGAGGAGAAAUUGCAGCGGAAUGAUCUGAUGAUCGUACUUUAAGAGAUGGAACAUGGAAUUUGCAGAUUUAAAAAACUUUUAUUGUAGGAUACUGAUACUGCCGGUUGUAGUGCCAAAGGCGGGGGUGGAUCGGAAGGUGGAAGAGAUUCUUUAGUAUAUAACAUUGCCUUUUUUUAUUUUUUUAUUUUCCUUUUUUCCGUCAGUUCAGUUUCAUUGGUACUAGGUAUGCUUAUUAUUGUUGGGGCUGUUUGUGUUGGUAGAAGUAAUUUGAGUUAGCGAUCUUU